UUAUAACUUUGGUGUUCGAUGACCCUUUUUGACAGUUUGGUUAACGUCGUUGUUUUGUGAACAUUAACACUAAUUUUUUAAAAUGUCUGGAUUCGGAGCAAAUUUUGACCAAAUUGACGCAGAUCCUGCCGCAGAGUUUUUAGCAAGGGAGCAGGAUGAACUGGCCGGUUUAGAAGACGAAGUCAAACCCGCAGCAAUAGCUGUGACCUCUUUAGUCAAUGGUGAUGAUCCAACAAAUUCUGCCAGCAGCUUUGAAAUGGUUGAAGGAUUUGAUGCAGAAAAACACAAUUUUGGCCAAGAUGAGUUGCUCGAUAUUAAAAAAGAACAGUAUGACGCUCCCCCUUCCCCGCCAACAUCCUUAACACGUGAACCUAGAGAAGAACCCGAAAAAAUAAAGAAAUGGAGGGAAGAUCAGGUUAAACGAUUGGAAGAGAAAGAUAGGGAGGAAGAUCGAAAACGGGAAGAAUUAAGGCAAAUUGCGAAAAAGGAGUUAGAAGAUUGGUACAAGAAUCACGAGGAAACAAUUGCCAAAACUAAAGCUGCGAAUAGAGAUGCUGCAAAGAGUGCUGAAAAGCAGUUUGUGGCAGAGGACAACGAUAUCCAACCUGGUACUGAGUGGGAGAGAAUAGCAAAAUUGUGCGAUUUCAAUGCGAAGACUAAGCCUGGAAGUAAAGAUGUUUCGCGUAUGCGUUCAAUUAUACUUCAAAUGAAACAAUAUCCAGUUGCAAUUAAACCUAAAGCAUAGAUUAACUGUAUGUUAAUAAUUGUAAUAAAAUAUAAAUAUGUUGCGCUAAUAUACACUGUGAUUCUAA